GGGGCGUGGGGCCGGCCUGGCGGAGCGUGACCUUUGACCCGCGGCCUUGGCGACGUCUUAAGCGGCGGUGGCGGCGGCGGUGUGCAGUGGGGCUUCGGAGCCGCAGGUCUCGGAGGGCGGCCGGCCAUGGAGGAUCCUGCUCAAGAUGGGGUGGCUCCAUCAGCCACCCCCGGGACCGGGAAGUCUAAGCUGGAAACACUGCCUAAGGAAGACCUCAUCAAGUUUGCCAAGAAGCAGAUGAUGCUAAUACAGAAAGCAAAAUCAAGAUGUACAGAAUUGGAGAAAGAAAUUGAAGAACUCAAAUCAAAGCCUGUUGCUGAAGGAACUGAUGAUAUUAUUCAGGCAUUGACUGAACGUCUGGAUUCUGUUCUUCUGGAAAAAGCAGAGAUUGAGCAACAGUGUCUUUCUCUGAAAAAGGAAAAUAUUAAAAUGAAGCAAGAGGUUGAGGAUUCUGUAACUAAAAUGGAAGAUGUACAUAAGGGGUUUGAACACUCAGAACGAAACUAUGUGAAAGAAGUGGAAACUUUGAAAAAUGAGUUAAUGAUAGUACAUUACAAACACAGUGAGGAUAAAGCCAGCUUGCAGAAGGAGCUGGAAGAAGCAACGAGAAAACAGUUAGAGCUUUCAGAACAACUUAAACUUCAGAUAAGUGAGUCUGAAGAUAAUGUUAAAAAAUUGCAAGAGGAGAUUCAGAAAAUUAGGCCAGCCUGUGAGGAGCAAAUUCUACAUCUGCAAAAGCAGUUUACAGCUGCCUUAAAUGAAAAGGAACAAGAAAUUACUCACCUCCAAGAAGUCAUUGAGGCUAAUUCUCAGCAUUACCAACAAGAUAUUAACAGUUUGCAAGAACUUUUGCAGUUGAAAGCUACACACCAAGAAGAGGUGAAAGAAUUGAUGUGCCACAUUGAAGCAUCUGCUAAAGAACGUGUUGCAGAGGUAAACAGCUUAAACCAGCUAAAGGAGAACUUAGUCAGACAAUGUGAGGCACAUGAGAACAUUCAGAAGUAUGAAUGUGAAUUAGAAAACUCAGGGAAAGCCUCAAGUGCAAACCAAGAAAAUCACAUAUGUGCUUUGCUCUUACAAAAAGAUGCUUUUGAAGAACAAGCAGUAAAUGAAAAAGUCAAACACUUAGAAGAUACCUUAAAAGAACUGGAGUCUCAACAUAGUAUCUUAAAAGAUGAGGUAACUUAUAUGAACAAUCUUAAAUUGAAACUUGAAAUUGAUGCCCAGCAUAUAAAGGAUGAGUUUUUUCAUGAACGGGAAGACUUAGAGUUUAAAAUUAAUGAAUUAUUACUAGCUAAAGAAGAACAGGGCUUUGUAAUGGAAAAAUUAAAAUGCGAGCUAGAAGAUUCACAUAAACAAUUGUGCUCUACUGAAGAACAACAUAACAGAGAAGUACAGACUCUUAAGGAACAACAUCAAAAAGAAAUAGCAGAACUGAAUGAGACAUUUUUGUCAGAUUCAGAAAAAGAAAAAUUAACAUUAAUGUUUGAAAUACAGGGUCUUAAGGAGCAGUGUGAAAACCUACAGCAAGAAAAGCAAGAAGCAGUUUUAAAUUAUGAGAGUUUGAGAGAAAUUAUGGAAAUUUUACAAACAGAACUGGGGGAAUCUGCUGGAAAAAUAAGUCAAGAGUUUGAAUCAAUGAAGCAACAGCAAGCAUCUGAUGUUAAUGAGCUCCAGCAGAAGCUCAGAACUGCUUUUAAUGAGAAAGAUGCUCUUCUUGAAACUGUGAAUCGUCUCCAGAAAGAAAGUGAAAAGUUAUCUCAACAAGAAUUUGUACCAGAACUUGAAAAUACCAUAAAGAACCUUCAAGAAAAGAAUGAAGUGUAUUUAGUUAAUCUCAGUCAAAAAGAUACCAUGUUACAAGAAUUUGAAGCCAAAAUAAGUUCUCUUACUGAGGAAAAGGAUGAAUUCAUAAGUAAACUAAAAAGUUCUCAUGAAGAGAUGGAUAAUCUCCAUAAGAAAUGUGAAAAGGAAGAAAGAUUGAUUAUAGAACUUAAGGAGAAAGUGGAGGAAGCUACCCAGUACAACAGUGAACUACAACAAAAGGUAAAUGAAUUAAUGCAGGGACUACAAGAAACUUUAAAAGAAAAGAAUCAAAAUAACCAAAAACUAGAAAAGCUUAUGGGUCAGUUGAAAACUGCCUCUGAAGACCAGGAAGCACUGUCAUCUGAAGUGAAGUCUCUUUCUGAGGAAAAUAAUAGACUUAGUUCAGAAAAUAAACAAUUGAGUAGGGAUUUGAAAGCUCUCCUGUCUCAGAAAGAAGAUUUUAUGCAUAAGGAACAUGUUUCUGAAUUAGAAAAGAAACUUCAGUUAACAGUUGAAGAACGAGAUAAUUUAAGUGAACUGUUUGAAAAUGAGCAAGUUCAGAAGUUAUUUGUCAAAACUCAGUUACAUAGUUUUCUUAAACAAAUGGAAUCAGAAGUUUCAGAAGAAAAUGAAGAGCAAGAUAUAGUAAAUGUCCUACAAGCUGUAGGUGAAUCCUUAGCUAAAAUAAAGGAGGAAAAACACAACUUGGUUUUUCAAUAUGAUAAAAGGGUAGUAGAAUUGGAAAAAAGGAUUAAGUGCCUUCUAGAAGAGAAUGUAGCUCAGUGUGAGGAACUCAGGUCUUUACUGAGAGACUCUAUGCAAGAGAAAAGUCUCUUAAGGAAAGAGUUAGAAGAAAGCCUGUCAGAAAAAGAGGCCCUGCAGACUGGGCUUCUAGAAAUGAAAAAUGCUAAUGAAAAAACAAGACUAGAAAAGCAGGAUCUUCUAAUUCAAGUUGAAGAAGUAUCUCAAAAAUUAUGUAGCAAAAGUGAAAUCCAUGAUGAAAAAGAAAAGUCUUUUAUAGAAGAACUUGAAAACCUAUGGCGGUUACUAGGACAAAAAGAAUCGGAGUUGGAAGAUAUGAAAGCAGAGUUAAUGUUAUUAAAGGAUUCCUCAGAGAAAUCACCUUCUGUAGAAAAUGACCAACCUUCUCUAGUAAAAAAACUGGAAGAAAAAAUAGGAUAUUUGGAAAAAGAAUCCAAAGAGAAAGAGGAGAAAAUAAGUAAGAUAAAACUAGUUGCUGUGAAGGCAAAGAAAGAACUAGAUUCUAGCAGAAAAGAGGUCCAGACUCUACGGGAACAACUUGAAUCUGUUCAAUCAGAAAAGGAUCAGUUGUCUACUUCCAUUAGAGAUCUCAUUCAAGGGGCAGAAAGCUAUAAGAAUCUUUUAUUAGAAUAUGAUAAGCAGUCAGAGCAGUUGGAUGCGGAAAAAAAACGAGCUAAUAAUUUUGAGCAUCAUAUAGAAGACCUUACAAGACAAUUAAGGAAUUCCACUCUUCAGUGUGAAAAAUUAAAUUCUAAUAAUGAAGAUCUACUGGCUCGUAUUGAGACACUACAGUCUAAUGUCAAAUUAUUAGAAGUACAGAUUUUAGAAGUCCAGAAAGCCAAAGCAGUGGCAGACAAUGAACUGGAAGCUGAAAAACUUGAGAAGGAACAGAAGAUAAAGGAGCAUGCCUGUUCUGUUCGUGAACGUGAAGAACUUCAGCUACAACUCCACAAGGAAAAGAAACAGCUUCAGAAAACCAUGCAAGAAUUAGAGCUGGUUAGAAAGGAUGCCCAGCAAACCACAUUGAUGAAUAUGGAAAUAGCUGAUUAUGAACGUUUGAUGAAAGAACUAAAUCAAAAGUUAACUAAUAAAAACAGCAACAUAGAAGAUUUGGAGCAAGAAAUAAAAAUUCAGAAACAGAAACAAGAAACCCUGCAAGAAGAAUUGACUUCACUGCAGUCUUCAGUGCAACAGUAUGAGGAAAAAAACACCCAAAUCAAGCAGUUGCUUGUGAAAACCAAAAAAGAACUGGCAGAUUCAAAGCAAGCAGAAACUGAUCACUUAAUACUCCAAGCAUCUUUAAAGGGCGAGUUGGAGGCAAGCCAGCAGCAAGUAGAAAUCUAUAAAAUUCAGUUGGCUGAAAUAACAUCUGAGAAACACAAAGUUCACGAGCACCUGAAGACCUCUGCAGACCAGCACCAGCGCACACUGAGCAUGUACCAGCAGCGAGUGGCGGCCCUUCAGGAAGAGUGUCACGCUACCAAGGCAGAACAAGCCGCUAUAACCUCUGAAUUUGAGAGCUACAAAGUCCGAGUUCAUAAUGUUCUAAAACAACAGAAAAGUAAAUCUAUGUCUCAGGCUGAAACCGAGGGAGCUAAACAAGAAAGAGAACACCUGGAAAUGCUGAUUGACCAACUAAAAAUCAAAUUACAGGAUACCCAAAACAACUUACAGAUCAGUGUAUCUGAACUCCAGACAUUACAGUCUGAGCAUGAUACUCUGCUGGAGAGGCACAACAAGAUGCUGCAGGAGACAGUGUCUAAAGAGGCGGAGCUCCGGGAAAGGUUGUGUUCAGUGCAGUCAGAAAACAUGAUGAUGAAGUCUGACCACGCGCAGACUGUGAGUCAGCUGACAUCCCAGAACGAAGUCCUUCGCAACAGCUUCCGAGAUCAAGUGCGACAUCUGCAGGAAGAGCACAGGAGGACAAUGGAGACCCUCCAGCAGCAGCUCUCCAGGGUGGAGGCUCAGCUUUUCCAGCUUAAGAGCGAACCGACCACAAGAAGCCCAGCUUCUUCCCACCAACCUUUAAAGAAUCUUCGAGAAAGGAGAAACACAGAUCUUCCGCUUCUGGACAUGCACACCAUAACUCGGGAGGAGGGAGAAGGAAUGGAGACUGCUGAUACUCAGUCUGUGUCCUCCACCGGCACUUACACCCAGUCAUUGGAGCAGCUUCUUAAUGCUCCAGAAGCUAGCAUUGAACAACAUCUUGCAUGGCAUGCUGAAUUCACCAAAGAAGAAUUGGUUCAGAAACUCAGUUCCACCACAAAAAGUGCCAGUCACUUAAAUGGCCUGCUCCGGGAAACUGAGGCAACCAAUGCCAUCCUCAUGGAUCAGAUUACGCUUCUCAAAAGCGAAAUAAGAAGAUUGGAAAGAAAUCAGGAACGGGAGAAGUCCGUAGCUAACCUGGAAUACUUGAAGAAUGUCUUGCUGCAGUUUAUUUUCCUGAAACCAGGUAGCGAAAGAGAGAGGCUCCUUCCUGUCAUAGAUGCAAUGUUGCAGCUCAGUCCUGAAGAGAAGGGAAAACUUGGAGCAAUUGCUCAAGAGAAUACAGAAGCUUACCAGAAGAGAACCAUGACUUGGGGCAGGAGCAAAUGCACCGUAUCUCAGCACAGCUCUUCUCUGGUCCUCAUUUACCCAUGAAGGUGAACAGCUGCCAGGAAGAUUGCACAGCAGAGUCCUGCCAGAUCUGAAAACAGAGCUGAAUUUAUUGUCAAAAGACUUGGGACAUACCAGUCAUUCCAGGUGAACAUACAGUGGUCUCUGCAUUUCAUUAAGGAAAUGUUCACAGUCAUCUGACUUACUAUUCUUGGAGCAGGGCCACCUCCUCCUCUAAUGGCAAGAAGCAGAGCCAGUGCCCCCCUUGUCUGUCCCUUAAGCAUAUCACUUCCUCCGGCCUUCUAGAAGCUCUUCACCCUGCAGAUUAUGGAAGACAGUUGUAAAUUGCCUCCUGCCCUCAUGCCCUCCUCCAGGCAUUGGAGCCUUCCUGUUCCACCUCCCUUGAGUGGUUAGUAGGUUGGCCUAGUGACUUGUGCUAGCAAAGGUGAAAGGAUGUCACCUCCAUGACCCCAAGAAAUUGUGGCUUCUGUCUUACUAGCCCCAGAAUUUCCCUGCCUUCACCUGCAUUGAUGAAGUAGGCUGCUAUACUGAGGAGGCCCAUGUGGCAAGGAACUGAGGCCAUCAGUCCACCAGCCCUUGGGGAACUGAAUUCUCCAUUUACACACGAGCUGGGAAGCAUAUCUUUCUCUUGUUGGUCCUUUAGGUGAGGCCUCAACCCUGGCCAAAACCCUGAUUGCAGCCUUGUGAGAGUCCCUGAGAGGGAAUACCCAGCUAAGCCAUUCCUGGUCUGACCCACAGACACUGUGAGACCAUACAUGUGUGCUGCAUUAGGCUGAUAAGUUUGUGGUAGUUCAUUAACAGUGGUUCACAACUAAUAUAUUGAUAGAACCAGACAGGGAACAGAAAAAGAAAUGAAAAUGCCUUGUAAACUAUAGAAAGAGUUCUCCAUUUAAAAUUGUGGAAAUGAUUCUCUGCAUGAGAUUCGCCUGUGGCACAUAAGUAUGUCUGAAAACCCAAAAAGGUGCCUGGCAGGGGCCAUACUACAUUCAGUCAGUUACCUCUGAGAGGGCUGGAGGAGUGAGGGAAAAGGUGGGUAAUGAAAAGAAACGCUUACUGCUUUUUAAGGUUGUAAAGCUUUGCAAUCAUACAUAUUAAUAUACAGAUUAUAUUACAAAGAAGACAAUAAAAGGGACCUUGUCUAAAAUUUUCUUGGAAGCCCAGAAUUUUUCUGAACUUUAAGUCAGGAUUUAUUUGUGUUGAUCCUAAAAAAAGUGAAGGAGAAAGUGGGACACCCAACACAGAAGGACAUUCCCCUGAUAGCGGCUGGGCAUGCACAAGGUGAAUACAUGCUCACUGUGCAACAGCGGUCCUGUCCAAGGCCUUUUAUCCAAGAGAGGCAGCAGCCUCUGUUCUCAGGGAAAACUUCACAGACCUCACGAACAUUAAAAACCACUGAACUAAACACUUGGAAAGGGUAAAUGUUAGAGUAUAUGAAUUAGUUCUCAAUGAACUCUUUAAAUGAAAAACUUGCUCACAGAUGUUUAUAGCAGCUCUAUUUUAAAUUUCUAAAAGUAGAAACAACUCAUAUCCUUCACCGGUGAGUGAGCGAGUGACCUGGUGCAGCUGCAUACAGAAAUACCAUGCAACAGUGAAGGGGCAUGCACUGUGGCACACACUAAUGCAGGUGCCGGGCGGGAGGGGCCGGACUCGAAAAACACCACAGUGUGGUUCUGUUGAUUGGACUUCCUGGAAAAGGCAAACGACCGAGGACAGGAAACCAACCUGUGGUUGCCAAGGAGUCAGGGCAGGGCUGGCUUACUCUGUGAGUGAGAUGCUCUGUGCCUUGGCUGGGUGGGGCGCUACACCUGCAGGGAAGAGUUAACUGUAAGUUGUGUCUCAAAAAACCUGGUUUUGAAAUAACUAAAAAAGUUGUGCUUGGUUUGAUUUAGUUUUGAAGUCUACCAUAAGUCUAUUGGUUUUAGAUUCUAAGUUAUGUAAAGGCUUCUAUUUCAAAAGAAUGUAAUAAUUUCCCUUAUUGUCAAAAAUUCUCAGUUGUGCAGGCACAUGAAAAGAUGCUCCACAUCACUAAUUAUCAGGGAAAUGCAAAUUAAAACCACAAUGAGAUAACACCUCACACCAGUUAGGAUGGCCAAUAUCCAAAAGACAAGGAACAACAAAUGCUGGCGAGGAUGAGGAGAAAGGGGAACCCUCCUACACUGCUGGUGGGAAUGUAAAUUAGUUCAACCAUUGUGGAAAGCAAUAUGGAGGUUCCUCAAAAAACUAAAAAUAAAAAUACCAUUUGACCCAGGAAUUCCAGUCCUAGGAAUUUACCCAAAGAAAGCAAGAUCUCAGAUUCAGAAAAACAUAUGCACCCCUAUGUUUAUUGCAGCACUAUUUACAGUAGCCAAAACGUGGAAGCAACCUAAGUGUUCAUCCAUAGAUGAAUGGAUAAAGAAGAUGUGGUACAUACAUACAAUGGAAUACUAUUGAGCCAUAAGAAGAGAACAAAUGGUAUUAUGUUCGGUGAAAUAAGCCAGGUGAAGAAAGACAAGUACCAAAUGAUUUCACUCAUUUGUGGAUUUUAACAACAAAGCAAAACUGAAGGAAAAAAACAGCAGCAGACUCAUAGACUCCAAGAAGGGACUAGCUGUUACCAAAGGAGGAGGAACAAGGGGAUUGAGGGUAUUAUGAUUGGCACACAUGGUGUGUGGGGGUUGGGGGUCACAGGGAAGACAAAUAGUGACUCUGUGGCAUCUUACUACACUGAUGGACAGUGACUUCAGUAGGGUAUGGGGGGGACUUGAUAAUAUGGGUGAGUGUAGUUACCACAAUGUUUUGCAUGUGAAACCUUUGUAAGAGUGUAUAUCAAUAAUACCUUAAUUUAAAAAAUCAACAAUCAACACAUACACACACAAAUACUCGGUUGUGCUAGUGACUUUAGUUUGGAAUUGUCUUAUAGAGAAAGAAAAUACUGAAUGCUCAAGAGCAGACAGAUUCGUAACCUCAAAGUAUG